UUCAAACCAAAAAGAUUAGAAAUUUAUGCAUUUUCCUUAAACCCCACCUGUCAAAAACAAGAAAAAAAAAAAAAAUGUUCAGCAGCAGCAGCAGUGGUGCCGGUGGCGCCGCCGGUGAUGUCAACAGUGAAACCCUAGCUCGAUUCAAUCAUAUGAUGAUUCCUGUUCAUGCUCCUAUCUCUGUUCCUGUUCCAUUGAAUACUACAGAAGAGUAUUCAAGGGUGCCGAUGUGGAGUCAACAAGAGACGAAAGACUUUAUAUCGAUUCGAGGGAGUUUGGAAGGGGAUUUUAAUGUGGCAAAAAGGAAUAAGAGUUUGUGGGAAGUUGUUUCUUUGAAAAUGAAGGAGUUGGGGUAUUCAAGAACUCCUGAUCAAUGUAAAUGCAAGUGGAAGAAUCUUGUUACUCGUUAUAAGGGAAAGGAAACAUCUGAUCGAGAUAACACCCGUUCAUUCCCAUUCUUUGAGGAACUGCACACACUGUUUACUGAAAGAGCAAUUAACACACCACAAACACCCCUUGACCGCGAAGGCACUUCUAGCCAUUCCAAGAAAAGGAUCACAAGAACAGAUUCAUAUCAAUCACUCCAGGAAAUGUCUGAAGACGAAUACGAGGAUGAAGAAAAGAAUCCUACAAAAUUUACACAAGUCAACAUUCCUCCGAGAAAGAAACCUGAAAGGGAAAAACACACACAAACAUCAGACAAACCUCCAACACCAAGAACACUGAAUUCAGGAAAUAAUUCUAUUCGAGAGAUUCUUAAUGAUUUCCUCCAACAGCAGCAGAUGAUUGACGCGCAAUGGAGACAGCUGAUGGAGAAACAUGCUUACGAAAGACAAUUAUUGGAGCAGGAAUGGCGCCAAUCAAUGGAGAGGAUUGAAAUGGAGAGGCUAAGAUCGGAGCAGUCAUGGAGGGAGAAAGAAGAACAGAGAAAGACUAGAGAAGAGAGCCGGGCCGAGAGAAGAGACGCCCUUUUGACAUUAUUACUCAACAAACUUGUACACGAGCAAUGAUCUGUCAAGGCAUUGUUCUUGUUUAUGGUACAUAUGAUUUAGUAAAAGAACAUACAAGAAAAUUGAUUAAGAUUAGGAACCCGGUGCUUCAUGAGGUAGUCUUUUGUUUAUGCUAACUAUCUUUGUUCUGUUCUGUUCAAUUUACAUUCACCCUUCAU